GAACUCCCGCUCUCACCAUUGAUACCGGCGCUCCUGCUCGAAGUCCCCAAACAGCGCAUCGAUUUCCGCCUCCCAGUCACUCCUCAGCUGUGCGAUUCUCCAGUCUACGCUCUGCACUGUACUCCGACAGCGGCCUCCAAAAACCCUUGUGAGAUUCAACAUCUUCAUGCUCUGCGAAGCCCGUUCCUCCAACAGUCUUUUCUCCUUCCUUAGCCUGAGCUCCUCUUUCAGCCUCCUAUCCCCUCUACACGCCAGACACUUAGCCGGCAUAUCCUUCUCAGACACGCACUUUGGCGCCUGCGCAACAUCGCAGGACUUGAUGACGUGCCCACAUUCGCGAUAUACCAUGCGGCGGCGGCAGUGCGGGCAAUCUUGGUAUCGCGAGUCGGUUUCUAGCCACUAGAAGAGCGCAGGGAG